GCAUUCUGCAGAGAAAGGCAGAGAGAAGGAGGCUAGGGAGGGAGAGAAUACGAAAGAAGUACUCGCCAGCCAGCUGGCUGUGUGCAUGAUCUCAAGCAGCAGUUCGUUCUAUGUACGGCGAGUUUAUCCCUUGUUUGCCCUGCAGCCAUCACAGAAACACAUCCUCAACCUAACUGGGAUUUUCCUUUGACAGCCUCUGAGAAGGUGCUUAUUAGCCACUUAAACCUCAUCCAGAUGACUUUGAACCUGCGUGGACUACAUACCUUGUGCAGGAAAUGCUCCACUGCAUGCUGUGUACAGGCAUAGUUUUUUCUGUCGACAGUGCAGAAAGCUGGAUACUGCAGUGAGUUGAGGAUAUAAAAGGAAUGCUAAGAGCACAACAGAGGGAAGCUCUCUCCUGGACAGGUGCUCUCUGACGGAGACCAAACUCUGAGGUGGAGGAGGCUGUAAAGAGGUCCUGAAGGAGCCUCCCCCCCUCCCUGCCUGACCAGUUAGACAUUGGAUCGCCAUGCCUCCUCGGAAGCGUGGUGGGGGUAGCGGUGGUGGCGGCGGUGGUGGCGGCGGUCGCAGCGGCUUCUCCGCCAUCUUCUGUUGUUUUAACAACAGAGACCAUCCAGAGAUCACCUACAAACUGCGGGAUGACUUUGCUCUGCAGUCCAUGGAGCCAUCACUGCCCAUGCCGGGAAAUGAUGAGCUGGAUAGCAUGUUCGCCGAGUUGGUGGAUGAGCUUGAUCUUACAGAGAAACACAGGGAAGCCAUGUUCGCACUGCCUGCAGAGAAGAAAUGGCAAAUCUACUGCAGCAAAAAGAAGGAACAAGAAGAAAACAAAAGUGCAACUAGCUGGCCAGAAUAUUACAUUGAUCAGCUCAAUUCAAUGGCAGCUAGAAAGACGCUCCUCGCUCUGGAGAAAGAGGAUGAGGAGGAGAGGAACAAAACUAUAGAGAACUUGAAGACGGCUCUGAGAACCCAACCUAUGAGGUUUGUGACUCGAUUUAUUGAUCUGGAUGGCCUGACGUGUAUCCUGAACUUCCUGAAAAGCAUGGACUAUGACACCACAGAAUCACAGAUCCACACGUCUCUCAUCGGCUGCAUCAAAGCUCUGAUGAACAACUCGCAGGGCCGCGCCCACGUCCUCGCUCACUCCGAGAGCAUCAACAUCAUCGCCCAGAGCCUGGCCACAGAAAACAUUAAGACAAAGGUGGCGGUCUUGGAGAUCAUGGGUGCUGUAUGUCUGGUGCCUGGCGGGCACAAAAAAAUCCUGGAGUCAAUGCUGCAUUACCAGCGUUUCGCCUGCGAGAGGACACGCUUCCAGACACUUGUAAAUGAUCUGGACCGGAGUACAGGGCGGUACAGAGAUGAGGUCAGCUUGAAAACAGCCAUCAUGUCCUUUAUUAAUGCUGUGCUGAGUCAAGGAGCUGAAGAGACUAGUUUGGAAUUCCGUAUUCACCUCCGAUAUGAAUUUCUUAUGCUGGGGAUCCAACCUGUGAUCGAUAAGCUACAUUCUCAUGAAAAUGCCACGUUAGACAGGCAUUUAGACUACUUUGAGAUGCUGCGGAAUGAUGAUGAGCUGGCUGUGUCAAAACGUUUUGAGUCGGUACAUGUAGACACCAAAAGUGCCACGCAAGUUUUUGAUCUCAUCCGGAAGAAGAUGAGCCACACUGAUGCAUAUCCGCACUUUAUGUCUGUCCUGCAUCACUGUCUGCUCAUGCCACACAAGAGAAGUGGAAACACUGUACAGUACUGGCUGCUAUUGGACCGCAUCGUCCAGCAGAUGGUCUUGCAGAAUGAUAAAGGUCAUGACCCUGACGUCACACCACUGGAGAAUUUUAACGUGAAGAAUGUUGUCCGGAUGCUGGUCAAUGAAAAUGAGGUCAAACAGUGGAAGGAGCAGGCAGAGAAAAUGAGAAAAGAGCACCAUGAGCUGCAACAGAAGUUUGAGAAGAAGGAGCGUGAAUGUGACGCCAAGACCCAGGAGAAAGAGGACAUGAUGCAGACUCUCAACAAGAUGAAAGAGAAGCUGGAAAAAGAGAGCAACGAGCAGAAAAAUGUCAAACAGCAAGUGGCUGAACUCACCGCACGACUGCAUGAGCUCAGCACCAGGCAGGCAGCUGUUGUUCCUGGCGGCCCUCCUGUUGCCCCCGGCCCCCCUGGCGGCCCGGUGCCUCAACCAGGCUUUGCAGGAAUAGCCCCACCUCCUCCACCACCUCCUGGUGGUAUGAUGCCUCCUCCGCCACCCCCACCGCCUCCGCCAGGUGGCCCUCCACCUCCCCCUGGGCUCCCGCCCAUUGGAGGUAUCCCUCCACCACCAGGAGCGCCCCUGGGAUCAUCGCUGAAGAAGAAGAACAUUCCUCAGCCAUCCAACCCUCUCAAGUCCUUCAACUGGUCCAAGUUAGCUGAGAAUAAGCUGGAGGGUACGGUCUGGAUGGAGGUGGAUGAUGCCAAGGUUUUCAAAGUGCUGGAUUUAGAUGACAUUGAAAAAACCUUCUCAGCCUAUCAGAGGCAGCAGGACUUCUUAAUGAUCAAUAACAGCAAACAGAAAGAGGCGGAAGAUGACACGCUGGGCUCCAAAAAAGUCAAGGAGCUGUCAGUGAUUGAUGGCCGUCGAGCUCAAAACUGUAACAUCCUGCUCUCACGACUGAAGCUUUCAAAUGAUGAGAUUAAGAGAGCCAUCCUAACCAUGGACGAACAGGAGGACCUUCCCAAAGACAUGCUGGAGCAGUUGCUGAAGUUUGUCCCAGAGAAGAGCGAUGUGGAUCUCCUCGAGGAGCAUAAACAUGAGCUCGAUCGAAUGGCCAAACCCGACCGCUUCCUUUACGAGAUGAGCAGAAUAAACCAUUACCAGCAGAGGCUGCAGUCUUUGUACUUUAAGAAGAAGUUUGCAGAGAGGAUAGCUGAGAUCAAACCCAAAGUUGAAGCGCUGGGUAAGGCGUCUAAGGAGGUUUUAAACAGCAGAAACCUGAAGCAGCUGUUGGAGGUGGUGCUAGCAUUUGGAAACUAUAUGAACAAAGGUCAAAGGGGCAAUGCUUAUGGCUUCAAGGUGUCUUCACUCAACAAGAUCGCAGAUACUAAAUCCAGUAUCGACAAAAACAUUACUCUGCUGCACUAUCUGAUCACCAUCCUGGAGAAGAAAUAUCCCAAAGUCCUGAAGUUCCAGGAGGACCUGCAGAGUAUCUCAGAGGCAGCCAAAGUCAAUAUGACGGAGCUGGAAAAAGAUAUCGGCAACCUGCGCAGUGGAUUAAAAAGUGUAGAGAGCGAACUGGAAUACCAGAAGAAAGGGCCGCAGGAGCCAGGUGACAAGUUUGUGUCGGUGGUGAGCCAGUUCAUCACCGUGGCCAGCUUCAGCUUCACUGAUGUCGAGGACUCUCUCAUCGAGGCCAAAGAACUGUUCCUGAGGGCAGUAAAGCACUUUGGUGAGGAUGCCAGUAAGAUGCAGCCAGAUGAGUUCUUUGGCAUCUUCGACCAGUUCCUGCAAUCGUUCACAGAGGCUCAGCAGGAGAACGAGAACAUACGAAAACGAAAGGAAGAGGAGGAACGCAGGGCCAAAGUAGAAGCUCAGCUACGUGAGCAGAGGGAGAAGGAGCGAAAGGCCCGGAAAGCAAAAGCGAACGGAGAGGAGGAUGGCGGUGAGUUUGAUGACCUCGUGUCAGCGCUGCGGUCGGGCGAGGUCUUCGAUAAGGACUUGUCCAAGAUGAAACGUAACCGCAAGCGGAUCAACAACCAGAACACAGACUCGGGCAGGGAGCGACCAGUCACAAAGCUGAACUUCUAAAUGGGCUCGAUCACUCGCAACCCCCUGCUCAUCAGCCUCCCUCUGGGGAGAACUGACAUCCACAUUCCUCUUCACCCUCCUCCACUCCCACCCACCUCGGCUCGGGUGAACCACAGCAUUGCGUCAUCGCAGCAGGGCCACACACAGCACAACAUGAUUAGACCUCUCAUCCUCUAAGAUUUUGAUAAGAAAUAGAGCAGAAGCCAAAGGUUGAUACUCUUGGACCAAACAAGAGGGUGGAAAAGAAAUGUUUUAAGUCAUGCUGGAGAAAGGUUUUCACGGGUGUUUUGACAGGAUCCGUUCGGUGCCGUUUUUGUACGUGAAUCUAUGCACAGAGUGAAAUGUGCAUCUGGUCGAGUGUUUCCGAGGCUGGAAGCUCGAUCAAAGCAAGAGGACUAUUCCUCUAAAUGGGGCCAUUUUGUACAGACUGAGGUGUGCUGCUUUCACCUGCCUGGAUUUUCCGAGAGAUCAUUUCUGGAGACUAGACCUAAGCUUCCUCUUGAUGCUGCCGCUCUCUUGCAGUCACAGCCAUCACAGGACUGAGAGACUGUGUUGUAUAGAUGGAUGUGGUUUUAAUUGCAAGUGACACAGCUGAGGGUUGUUUUGUUUUUUGUUUUUUUUUUGUUUUUUUGUGUAUUCACCUUUUUUUGACGUGCAUCACAUAUAUAUAUAUAAAUCUGAUCACUGUAUGUUUUUAUUUGAACAUUUUCCUGUUACGAGCUGGCCUUAACUCUGAUUUGAUUUUGUUUUGUUUCUUUGUUAAGUGGGUACUCUCAAAGGCCUUGGCCUGAUCUGCAAUUCUUAACAGGUGUGUGGACACUCGUGUCAUACAUUGCAUACAUCUAUAGUAUACAAGCGUGUGUGCUUGUUACACAUGCACAUAGGAAUUCAUAAUGCUAAAUACCAUUGAAACCAACAAUUAAUGCAAUACACUUGUCUUUCCCCUUUGAAGAGAGUGCCCUCCUUAAAUGUUUUUUUAUUAUUUGAAUAGAUGAAAUGUUUGCUCCAUGCUGGCUGGAUUUACACUGCAUCAAAUGAAAGGGCAGAAAAAAAAAAUCUGCUCCACAUGUGAUGUUUUCAUUCUUGUGGAAAACAUCACAUGUGGACGUGCGACGUUCCCCCUUCAGCCUUGUGACUCCAUCCAGCCGACACCUCCACCGAACUUUUAUAAUUUAAACUGCCUUCCAUUGUACAACGACCUAAAGAUAAUAAAUGGGAGAAAACUA